AUGGUGGCCCGCCCCCGCAGGGAGGAUAUCCGCCUCCACAGCAAAACUACGGCCAGCCGUGAGUACCACGACAAGAACGCGGGGAAGCCUGACCGCGUGCUGACGUACAUCAGCCCUCCCCAACAGUACGGCUACCAGAGCCCCCAGCCCCCAUACAACAGCGGCUACGGACAGCCUACCCCUCCCCCGCAGCAAUACGGAUACAACCAGGGACCACCUCCGCAGCAGCAAUUCGGAAACUAUGGAGGCCCACCACCACCACCACAGCAGACUCCGCGCCCAGGCAUGAUGCCAACGGCCACCAGCAACCAAUGGACACACGGAAACCACAACGCGCCUCCACCACCGCCCACGGGCGCUCAGAACUUUGGCCAGGGCGCCCCCAACGGAUACUCGUUCCAGUACUCGGCCUGCAACGGCCGGCGGAAGGCGCUGCUGAUUGGCAUCAACUACUUUGGCCAGCGAGGCCAGCUUCGGGGCUGCAUCAACGACGUCAAGAACAUGAGCACCUACCUGAACGAGUUCUUUGGGUACAAGCGCGAGGAUAUGGUGACCUUGACCGACGACCAGCAAAACCCCAUGAGCCAGCCGACAAAGGCAAACAUACUGCGAGCCAUGCACUGGCUGGUCAAGGACGCGCGGCCAAACGACUCGUUAUUCUUCCACUACUCUGGACACGGCGGCCAAACAAAGGACCUGGACGGCGACGAGGACGACGGCUACGACGAAGUAAUCUACCCGGUCGACUUCCGCACGGCAGGCCACAUUGUUGACGACGAAAUGCAUCGCAUCAUGGUUGCGCCUCUCCAGCCCGGAGUCCGACUGACCGCCAUUUUCGAUUCCUGCCACUCGGGUUCCGCCCUCGACCUGCCCUACAUCUACUCCACCCAGGGUGUCCUCAAGGAGCCCAACCUGGCCAAGGAAGCGGGCCAAGGAUUGCUUGGCAUUGUGUCGAGUUAUGCGCGUGGUGACAUUGGCAGCAUGAUUGGCGGCGCCACUAGUCUGUUUAAGAAGGCCAUGAAUGGUGAUGAGGUGUACAAGAAGAACCUACGGACAAAGACUAGCCCUGCUGAUGUUAUCAUGUGGAGCGGCUCCAAGGACACACAGACUUCAGCCGACGCGAGCAUUGGCGGUGAGGCGACCGGAGCCAUGUCAUGGGCUUUUAUCACUUCGCUGCGCAAAAACCCCAACCAGAGCUAUGUGCAGCUACUCAACAGUAUCCGUGACGAGCUCGAGGGCAAAUACGAUCAAAAGCCUCAAUUAAGCUGCAGUCAUCCACUCAGUAGGUCUUGUAGGCCCACGUGUCAAUUGCGAAAACAUGCUAACUGA